GCCGCCCUCAUACCGAUACCUGCACUACUGGGAGACAUCUGGGAUGGACUGCUCAAAGCUGUGCCAAAGAAGAAGACGAGUCACAUGAAGAAGCGACACCGGCAAAUGGCCGGCAAGGCCUUGAAAGACGUGACGGCGUUGAACAAAUGUAGCGCAUGUGGGAGACUGAAAAGAGCGCAUAUUCUGUGUCCAUACUGCACCAUCACGCUGCCCAAUGCGCAUCCCACAGACAUCUUCUCGCUCGCCGUGACACCCUCACACCUCCUCACCGCCUCUGGCUCUUCCAGCAUCAAGAUCUUCAGCACCCACGAAACCCCAUACCCUCUCGUCCAAACCCUCGACAAAGCCCACGACUUGGGUUGCCAUCACAUCUGCACCUCUCUCGAUGGGACCGUAGCUGCCAGCGUAGGCUUCUCCGGCGGCGAUGUCAAGCUCUGGCAGUGCAGUGAAGAGGGCGAGUGGAUAGAGAAAGGCAGCAUGAAGGUGGACGUCAAACAAGCAGGCGAGCAUUGGGCACCAGCACUCAGUGCGGACGGACAAUACCUCGCAUGCACAACUUCCGACGGUCGCAUCAAUGUCUACACCACCGCCACGAUCACCUCCAACGACACGCCGCCAGAGAAGCUCACCGAAUACGAAACGAAAGGUUCCUUUGGCAUGAGCGUCGACAUCUCUCCCAACGGUGAGAUGACCGCAUCUGGCCACCAAAACGGCAGCAUCUACAUCUUCAACAACGCCACCCGCCGCCUCGCACACUCUCUCUCUGGUCUGAUCAAGCCCGUCCGCGCGGUGAAAUUCAGCCCAGCGAAUCGCUACCUCGCCGCCGCAGGAGACGCCCGCAUCAUUGCGCUUUACGAUACAAAGAGUGGUGAGCAGGUCGCCAACUUCACCGGUCACAGUUCGUGGAUCAUGAGCUUGGAUUGGAAUUGGAGUGGGGAGUAUUUGCUAAGCGGAGGAUACGAUGGAAAGGCAAAGAUCUGGAGUGUGGAGAGACGCGAGUGCGUGGCUACACAGACGGAGAGCGAGAAGUGCUUGUGGAGCGUCAAGUGGCUUUGGCAUUCUCCGACGGCGCGCAAUGAGGUGUUUGUCACGGCGGGUGCGGGCAAGACGUUGGCGUUCUAUCGGGAGGCUAGUGGG